AUGAUAAGCAAUAUGUCUAUGUCCCAAGCAUACUCAGCGCACCCCGGCGGAAUGCAACAACAUCCAGGCAUGGCGCAAGGCCAUCCCAUGGGCGUGCAACAUAAUCCGAACCAGCACGGACAACCAGGCCCUGGCAUGCAGCAGAUGCCAAUGGGGGUCUCUGGCCCAGGACCACAAGUUAGUCAAGGAGGAGCCAUGAUGGGUGGCAUGCCUCCUGGAGCUGGAGGACCAAACCAACACGCUCUACACCAUCUCAAUCCGAAUUCUCAACAGGCGCAAUUCAUGCAGCAGCAAAUGUACAACCCGUCAUUACAGCAACAACUGAUGCGCCAGCAGCAGCAACAGCAGCAGCAGCAACAUCGUCAAGCUAUGCUUGCUCAACAAUACAACGGCGUAGUACCGAUGAUGCCGAAUGGGAUGGGUGGCCAAAUGUCCCAGGCACAGUAUCAAGCGAUGCGAGGGAACCCCAUGGCUCGCCCGGUCAAUCUGCCACAACAUCUUCAGCAACAACAGCAACAGGUCGAUAGCAUGCAGCAGCAGCAACAUGCUCAAGCUCAGCACCAUCAUCAGCAGCAGCUCCUUUUGGCCCAGCAGUUGCAGAUGGCCCAAGUCGCCCAGGCUGGAAACAAUCCAGGCCAGCCCCCGAUGAACCCCCAACAAGCACAAAAUGCUCAAGCCCAGACUGCCAUGAUGCAGCAAGCCCACCAACAAGCCCAGGCUGCCGCCGCCGCCCAGCAAAACCAAGGUCAACCUCAGGCUCAGGCGCAGGCCCAAAUCCAGCAGCCUCAGCCAAAUCCUCAGCCACAAACCCAGCAAAACCAACAGGCUCCCCACCAACAGCAUCAAGCGAGCAUGCAGCAACAGCAGCAGCAAGCAGCAGCCGCAGCCAUGUUACAACAGCAACAAAGGCAGGGAGAGAAGAUGAAGAGUCAAUGCAUAAUAAAAUUGAUUCAGUUUAGCGACCGUCUAAGCAACUUCGGGGUAAGAUCUAAACCACUUUCAAACUACAUGGCCGAUGGAACUCAACGACUCGAUGCGCAGGGAUCAAAACAAAAUGAUGAUUUGAAUUACUGGUUGGACUUCGUCAAUCAGUUCUUUUCUCCGAAAGGAGUGUUACGACAUUCCGUCUGGCUCGUAGAUGAAAACUCAAACAAACAAUACGAAAUCACGUUUCCGGCAUUGGCGAGAUAUUUUCACACGCAUUUUGAGAGUGGAAUCAAGAACAUGCAAAUGGUCAUGGAACGAGGCUUCGAGAGAGAACUGCACAACGGGCAUUACAUAUCUUGCGAGAAGUCGAGCUUCGUGUACUGGUUCGACAACGGAUCUCAGUUGGUCGCAAAUGGCACCCUAAAAGCACACUUCGAUGCAGAUCAGAAGAUUGAGCUACUUGAGUUUGUGACGAACAGUCAUGAGGAGUACAUUCCCAGAACCCAGAUUCUUAACGCUGCUAGACCUUUGCACGAGUGGCAGAAAGAAUGGCACAAAGUCAACUCUCCACCUGAUGGCAAGCAGUCACCUGAAAUGAACAAGAAGAAGCAAAAGGCGAUGAAAUCACCCCCUCAACCUCCCCCUGAGAUUGAUCUGCCUCUUUCCAAGGUCAAGCCAAGUAUGGGAAUCACCCCUGCAGUAUUCCGAUAUCUUGAGCUUGCUGAAGUUUUGGGCAUGAUGAAUCCAUUGUUCAACUACUCUCACCAACAUCCAACGAUGGAGCCAUACGGCGCUCUCGAUCAAUACGUGUCCACUGUCGCGACGAACGGAGCCAAUGGGCAGCAACCGAACUCCACCGGGCCCCGAACGCCGGGAAUGGGUAACUUCGUCGGCAACUCGCCUGCCCCGUCUCAUCUGGGCAUUGAUGGCUCCCCGCGGCCACAUGAAAGUCCAGCUCAGGCUCCCGGUAUGCAACUCCAGCAAAGCCAGCACGGUACUAGUUCCAGCGUGCCUAGCGCAAACACCAGUCCUAACACCAACAAACGUAGAAGGCCGAGUACCGUGAAGCCGGAAGAAGACCAGCAGCAGCAAGUCAACAGCGUGUCGAAGACGGCCGUUAAACCGAGUCCGAGGAUUGGUGGGAAGAGACAAAAAGGGAAUCCGGCUUGA